CUGCCCCUGCUGCCACCACCCUGACCUGCUCCUCUUGCCAUGUGCUGGCCCUGUGGCCAUGUGCUGACUGAGCUCUGGGCUCUCCCACAGCUUGGUCUGGGGAGGGAGAGUCACUUCAGAGCCAUCAGAUGGAUGGGAUAAGCUGAUGUGCUGCCAGAUAGGGCAGCGAAGUGUGUACUCUCUGUGUAUAUUCACUUAGCAGCCAGAUUUCAGACAUGAUAAGGCAGCAGCUUGGGAGAGAAACUGAAGGACGAGCAGGAGGGGACAUGGUCACUGGGACAGUGGGAGAUGGAGUCUGGGUCUGGGCCUUUUAUUUGGGUAUUUGUGGAAGAUGCUGUUGAGAGCACUAGGGUGGUGGGAGAUGGAGUCUGGGUCUGGGCCUUUUAUUUAGGUAUUUGUGGAAGAUGCUGUUGAGAGCACUGGGGGAUUUACUCAGCAUUCUUGGGCCCCUUAUCCACCAUCCCCUCCCUGAGGAGCCAGUCCCAGCUCACAGCUCCAGCUGUAUCCUGUGCACUGACCCCAGCAGGGACCCCACAGGACAGCCCUCUCCCUAACACCUCUGGGUUUCUCUCCCCAGAACCUCCCUCCAGCACUGCCUUUCAGCAUGAUGGACCCAAGAACACCAGCGAGGAUUCUCCAGCCACGUAGCUGCUGACCCAGGGGUGCUGCUGGGCACCGUUGCCAAUGCAGAGCUCAGGGCAGAGCAGGGCAGAGCCGCCGCUCCGCUCGCCCAUGGCAGCCCCUUCCCGCCGCGCCCCGGCCCGGCUGCAUGGUGUGGGUGCCCCUGAGCCCCACGAGCAGUGACCGCCGGGCCCCGCUGCGCGCUCCCAGCACCACCACCAUGUCUUUGGAGUGGCUGACGGACUGGAGCUGGUCCCUGGAUGGACUCCGGGAUUUCAUCGCCACAGGCAUCCAGUCUUUCCGCGACUGCGACGCCACGGCCCUGGUGGCCGUCGCCUGCCUGCUGGUCCUCUUCGUGUGGUACUGCUACCACGUGGGGCGGGAGCAGCCCCGCGCCUACGCCACGGUGAACGCGCUGAUGCAGAGCGCCGAGGCCAACGGGGUGCAGAACGGCUUCGUGUACUGCCAGUCGCCCGAGUGCGUGCGCUGCUCGCACCACGACGGCCUCAACCAGAAACUCUACCACAACCUGCAGGAGUACGCCAAGCGCUACUCCUGGUCCGGCAUGGGCAGGAUCCACAAGGGCAUCCGUGAGCAGGGCCGCUACCUCAACAGCCGGCCCUCCAUCCAGAAGCCAGAAGUAUUCUUCCUGCCUGACUUGCCCACCACGCCCUACUUCUCGCGGGACGCUCAAAAGCACGACGUGGAGUUGCUGGAGCGCAACUUCCAGACCAUCCUGUGCGAGUUUGAGACCCUGUACAAGGCGUUCUCAAACUGCAGCCUGCCGCAAGGAUGGAAAAUGAACAGCACGCCCAGCGGGGAGUGGUUCACCUUCUACCUGGUGAACCAGGGCAUGUGCGUGCCCAGGAACUGCCGGAGAUGCCCACGGACGUACCGCUUGCUCGGGAGCCUCCGCACCUGCAUUGGCAACAAUGUCUUUGGGAACGCCUGCAUCUCUGUGCUGAGCCCGGGCACUGUCAUCGCCGAGCACUACGGGCCCACCAACAUCCGCAUCCGCUGCCACCUCGGUCUGAAGACACCCAGUAACUGUGAGCUGGUGGUGGGGGGCGAGCCCCAGUGCUGGGCUGAGGGCCGGUGCCUGCUCUUCGAUGACUCCUUCCUGCACACGGCGUUCCACGAAGGUGCCCCGGAGGAAGGUCCCCGCGUGGUGUUCAUGGUGGACCUGUGGCACCCCAACGUGGCGGCGGCCGAGCGCCAAGCCCUCGACUUCAUCUUCGCGCCGGGACGAUGACGGCGCUGCCCGGCCUGGUGGGUUCAGGGCAGCUCUGCCGGGGCCCUCUCCCGGCUCACGGCCUCGGUGCUCCCUCCCGGGGGUGUUGUAAAUGGAAACUGUGACGUGUAUCCGCGCCCAUCCUCUUCCUCCAUCGUUGGCUUCAGGGAUUCUUUUGCAAGCGCCGGCGCCUCGGCCCCGCCGGGGCUCGCUGCCCCCCCUGCUCCGUCGUGUUCUGUUGCUAACUGUGUUUUGCGGUGUUCAGAAGUAGAGUAACAAACCCAAGGGUGCUCGUUUGAAUGUAAUGUAAAAAUUUUCCUCGUGGUCAUCAAAGGAACAACACACACACACACACACACACCAUAACAGCCAACCAGCCUGCCCUGCCCGGGAUGGAUGGACUGAUGGACACUGGGGGCUGCCAUGGGCACUGUGCUCCCCCCAGGUUGGGUGUGAUGGGCUGGGCAGGGCACAGCUCUGCUCACAAAGAACCCUCCUGGGGCUCCUGCUUCCUCCUCCAUGUGCCAGCUGGGGCUCCCCAGCCCUCCUGCCCUCAGAAAUCCCUUUUGUCACCCAGGCAGGGAGCAGAGUCCAUUGCCAGCCCAGCAAGGCAGGAGCCCUGACCUCCACCCUGCUGAGGGAACAGCACACACAGUCGUGCUCUUCAGUCUGACCAAGGGUGUUUGCAAUUGCCCAAAUCCCUUCCUUGCUCUAUCUGCAAACCUCAGUUUUCCCAGCUCCCAGCUGGGAGGCCCUGCAGGGGCAGGGAUGCUGUUUGGAAACAGAGAAUGGGGGUUUUGUCUGUCUGUAGGAAGAAAGGAGGUCACCAUUCCUUCUGCUGCUCCAUCUUCUCCUUUCCUCAAGCCAGGGCAGGCACACACAGUGGCAGCUCCCAUGGACCUGACACUACAGGACAGAUUCCCAAGGGGGGGUUAAUUCUGCAGCCUGAGCAAUGAGGUCCUGCCCACCCAGGGACCACCACGCUUUUCCUGAAGUCCCCCUGUCUGUUUUGGGGUCUGGGGGCUGGUUUAUAACACCCCCCCAAAGCACAGUGUGUGGUGGAUGCUCACAGCUCUGCCUGGGGACCCUCUGCCUCUGUGCCCUGCCCGGGAGGGACCAGCCCUAUCCCCCAACAACUUCUUUACAGACUUUUCAGUGAGUCAAUUGCAAGAGGAGGCAGAGAUUUCAAAUACAUCUGAGAUAUUUUUUACACCCGUCUUGUUACAGACUACCUGAAGUGCAUGAUUUCUACACGCAUUGGCUACCUGGACACAGGCCCUGGGGAAGCAGGCUGGCUCUGUCCAAAGGUUGGUAACAUUCAUACAGUGGAUAAGCAAAGAUUAUCAAUAAACAGUUGUGCUG